AAGUAAACUUACAAAAAAUUCGUUUAAAUUUUCGAUUUAAAUUUUGAUUCAUGUCAUAAAAAACCGGUUCAGUGUUAAUUGACGUCCAGUCUUGCAUGCAUUAAAAUGGCGAAAAAAUUCAAAUUUUCAAUAAGACGUGGCUCAAAAUUGAAAUUAUUUCUACUUAUUUUGAUUUUCUUGAUGAUAGUGAUGUGGACCUUGCUGCAUUUGUUAAUCUUGCAGAAUAAAAAGUUAACUUACCCGUACAAAUUCAAAUCGCAAUUUUCCGGCGAAUAUAAACCAAAACAUCAAAAAUUAGAUUUCAGUUAUUUGAACUUGUUUAAAUUGAAUAGUUCAACAACCAGCAACUUUGACAACAUCCACUGCGUAACCACUUCGACUUCACCGUCCUUCACAAUUUGCAUUUACUCUGAACUGGUGGAUGAGUUCAUAUCGAGAGAUCUGCAGAGUACUGGCGUCUGGGAACCUGAAAUCACUGAGUUGAUGCAAGAGGCUUUAAACACAGAUAGAAGCAGUAUAUUAAUAGAUAUCGGGUGCAACAUUGGUUACUAUUCCCUACUUGCUACUGUCAUGUCACACAGAGUUAUCGCUAUAGACCCCGUAUACGAGAGUCUCAAACGUUUGUAUAAGUCAAUAGAAUUGAACGGUAGGGGCGUGGACCCUUACAAAGUGAUGCUGCUGCUGAAUGCAGUGGCAGAGGAGAGGGGACUGGCCACUGUCCGCAAGAGUGGGAGCAAUCAGGGGGAUGCCCAGGUGGAAAUGCAGGUGAAAGAGUGUCAAGGUUCAUGUCCGCCGAUAGUUAAGACGAUCGUAUUAGAUGACCUGACCUACAUUCUGAACGAACCGACCCACAUUAUACCCGCAUCGUUUUCCCGACCGACCAAUAAAAUCGCAGAUAAUGGGGUCAACGGCGUCGUCAUCAGCAGAGCCAGUGGCGGCGAUAGUAGUAGUGAUGAAGGAGUGAUGGAAGGAAGGUUGGAAAGAAGGAAGAGGUCGGUGGGUGGAGGGGAUGAAGUUGCAGUUGGAAGGAAGCUGUUGCGCAAUAAAAAAGCUGCCGCCGACGAUGAUGAUAAUGGUGAUGGUGGUGAUGAUGAUACUAAUGGUAAUAAUAAUAGUAAUAAUAAUAAUAAUAAUAAUAAUAAUAAUAAUAAUAAUAAUAAUAAUAAUAAUAAUAAUAAUGAUAAUGAUAAUGAUAAUGAUAAUGAUAAUGAUCUCAGAAAUAGUGUUAAUGACAUGAUAAGCAGCAAAGGUAAAAAGCUUUACGCUGACAAUGAAGAAAUCAUCAUCGAUAGAAGUGCACUACGCACUGCAAAGAAUAACAAUAACCAGAACUUCCCCGAUAACAACAAUAACAACAACAAUAACAACAACAACAACAACCUCAACAACAAUAUCAUUAACAGCAACAAAAUUAACGAUAGUAUCAACAACAACAUUAAUAGAAACAAAAAUAUGAAUGACAAACUUAAUAGAAAUCUCGACAACAUCAUCGACAACAGUCGAAAUCACAAAAUAAUUUUGAACAACAACAACAACAACAACAACAACAAAAACAACAACAACAAACAAAGUAGCAACAACAACAACAACGUUAACAUCAACAACAAAAACAAGCUAAACAAAAACAAAAUCAUCAUUAAAGUGGAUUCUCAGGGAUUCGAGCACAGAAUUUUUUCGAAGAGUCACGUGAUCUUCGACUUGAAUGACGUCACCUACGUCUUCAUGGAGUGGUACAGCACCGCUCGCCUCCACCAUCUCUUUAAUAGAACCGGCGAACCACUGAAAGACGAGACAUACAAGAAGCAAGCAAGCACAAUGCUGGAUGAACUGAUGGUUGACCAAAUGAUUGGUUUCUUUUUUGAACGUGGAUACAGGCCAUUCAGCAUAACGUCACCAACCAUGGGCUUCGCAUUGAAUCCACAAUCGUGGCAUCACUGGCCACACGACAUUUUGUGGUGCCGUCUGUCCGCUACGAAUCUCUUCAACAAGCUAACAAAACGAUACUUAAAGAGUUAAUUCAGAAAUAACGAGACGAGAUUUAAAGAACUGGCCCAGGAAUAACGAGACAAUAUUUUCAACAACUAGUUUAAAUAGCAAAAAUGAGAUUUAGUAAAAUAGUUCUACAUGACGAAACAUUGUUUGACAAAACUGUUCCGAAAUAACAAAGCCAUAAUCAAUUGAUUAAUUAAUUAAUUCUAUAAAUUGACAAAUCGAUACUGGAGGAAACAAACAGAAAUUUCAAUUAACAAGACGAUAUUAAAAUAAAUACGUUUACCAAAUA